AUGGACCUUCCCUACGAGCUAUGCCGCCAGCUCUACCGCGACGUCUCCGCCCCGCCUUCCCUCGUAGGCCUCCAAAGAUUCCUUGAGAUCUCGCGCGAUCCAGUACUCGCCCCGCUGGUCCGCACAUUCAAGUACCCCACUGACGCCGCCGUGGCGAUCGUCGACAUCAAUUGGGAUCCCCACGGGCACGUAUCCCCGGACAAGCAGGGCCAGCUCUGGGGCGACCGCUGGGGCGGCGGCGAUUACACGGAGAUCAUACUCCGGCAGGAGGCCUCGGCGGAGGAGCUGCAGCUCCUGGUCGACAACAAUAGAAAGUGCUCCGAGCAGCGCGCUUUCUUGGUGUCGAAAGAGCACGAGAAUAUGCUCAGAGAGGCGGUGCGGAACCUGCCUAACCUCGAGGCGCUGAAUCUGCAGUUGGGUGUCUUCAAGGUGGAUAGACAGUUGGAGAUAUUGGUGCGGGAUGCCCUUGAGACUCGGCCGGGAGAAAUAGAAAACUUGCAGGAGACGGCGCCAAAAGUUAUCCUAGACUACACUAGGACACCAAUCAAGACGCUCUAUUUGGAGGGUUCGGGGUUCAUCCCGCGGUUUGGACACGUUUAUCAAUUGGACUUCACGCGUCUCCAGCUGGUAAUGAGGGACAUCACGACCCUCUGCUUCCGCUUCAACCCACCAGUGGAGCCCAUCAACUCCCACAGACACCGCAAUGCCGAGUCAAAAUUCUUUCUUGCCGUCCGGAAGUAUUUGUGGCGCCUCGAGCGCAUUGAGAAGUUGGCGAUCAUACACGCCAGCCCAGAUCCCUCUACGGAAGCCAUACAGCCUCCAAGCUUUAACCUCUCGUUCGAAAUCAAGUCACCGCUCUCGGCCAUACAUACGUUUGACCUGGAGGGCUUGUGCAUCUAUGAUGUGAACCUCCUCAAGCUCUGCGCGCGUUAUCACACCACUAUGAAGAAUUUGUCGAUGCGCCGCAUCUGUCUGGUCGGUAACUGGAGGAGUGUGGUGAGCGAUAUGAAGAAGAAGGAGGAUGUGAAACUGCGGUUGGAGACGUUUGAGAUGUGGAAUGUGUGGGAGGCGGGGUCGGCGACGGGGGUGAAAAAGAAGCUUGCGGCCGAAGUGGUAAGGAAGUUGGUGCAAUACCUGUUGGGCCCGGAGGACAGUGAGCUGGUGCUGGAGUAUUGA